UGAAAAUUGUUAAGUCGGUUCACUCGUCGUAAUGUCGCUAUUAGUUUUGUGUUUGUUUCCCGCUUUAAUUUCAGUUUAAUUUUAACAACGAAAUUUUUACAAGAAACUGAAGAAUGUCACUUACAGCUGGUGCUAUUCAGGCUAUUAUCACAGCUCCAGACCAUGAACAUAUGCCUGUUCAACCUGUUGUUCAAAUAUUGGGGAUAAAAAAGCUGCAGGCUGGUCCUGGUGCAAACGAGAGAUACCGCUUGGUUUUAUCAGAUGGAGAACAUUAUUACACGUCUGCCAUGCUGGGCACACAACUAAAUGAUACGGUACAAGAAGAUAUGGUAGAGGUGAGAUGUGUAUUACAGAUGGAUAAAUAUACCUGCAAUGUGAUUCAGGGUACAAGGAAAGUGAUUAUCAUUCUUGAACUAAAGAUAGUAUUAAAAGCAUCUGAGGUUCCUGGAAAAAUUGGAGAACCAGUACAGAUAUCCGAUUUGUUAACUGAACAAGAAAAUCUUCUACCACCGCCUAUUAAAAAAGAAAAUGUCAAUGGAAGCUCAAAACUGCAAAAUAUUUCGAAUCAAAUUAAAUCUGCUUCAACAAAUAAUACAAAAAAUCUACCUGUUCCAAACAAGCCAUUGUCAAAUCAAAAACCAUCUGCUUAUUCAGCAGCCAAUCAAAAACCAUCUGGGUAUUCAACAGCAGGAGCAGGAAGUGUUGUUGACUCAAAUUCAAAAUCAGUGUUCCCAAUCUCAUCAUUAACACCAUAUCAAAACAGGUGGACAAUUCGUGCACGUAUAACAAACAAAUCAUCUAUUCGUACAUGGAGUAAUUCCAGAGGAGAUGGAAAACUUUUCAGUAUAGACCUUGUUGAUGAAUCGGGGGAAAUACGUGCAACUGCUUUCAAUGAAGUUGUAGAUAAAUAUUAUGAUUUACUGGAAAUUGGAAAGGUCUACUAUAUCACAAAAGGAUCGUUGAAGACAGCUAAUAAACAAUACAGUUCUUUAAAGAAUGAUUAUGAGAUGACAUUAAAUAAUGACUCUUUAGUUGAGCUUUGCAAUGAUUUGUGUGAUUUACCAACAUUGCAGUUUAAUUUCAAACAAAUUAAGUCUAUUGAAGAUGUGAACAAAGAUGCUUUAAUUGAUAUUGUUGGAAUAGUGAAAAGUUCUUCUGAAAUGCAACAAAUAACAUCUAAAGCAACUAAUAAGCAAGUUUGGAAGCGAGAUAUAACAAUUGUAGAUCAAUCAGGCUCAGCCGUACAAGCUACAAUAUGGGGUAGCGAGGCUGAAAAGUUUGAGGAGUACACAGAUAAGAAUCCAGUUGUUGCAAUCAAAGGUGCUAAAGUAUCUGAUUUUGGAGGUCGGUCACUGUCAAUCUUAAAUUCAAGUAUUUUUCACAUUAAUCCUGAUAUACCUGAAGCUUAUGAGUUGAGAGGAUGGUUUGAUAAUGGAGGAAUUAAUGAGCAAACAACUUCAAUAUCUGGACAAAGAAUGGAGGGGGCAGGUGGUGGAAAGUAUAAAACCCUUGGUCAAAUUAAAGAUGAAGGGCUUGGUAUGGGAGAAAAACCUGAUUAUUUCAAUGUGCGUGCAUUCAUUGUAUUUUAUCGUAAAGAAAAUUGCAUGUAUCAAGCCUGUCCUGGUGCUGAUUGUAAUAAGAAAGUCAUUGAAGAUAAUGGUCAGUUCAGAUGUGAGAAAUGUGAUCGGACAUACCCAGAUUUUAAAUAUCGAAUGGUAUUGUCAGCAAAUAUUGCUGAUUUCUCAGGUAAUCAAUGGAUUACAGCUUUUCAAGAGAGUGCGGAGGCAAUUUUAGGUGUUUCUGCUGAGCAAAUUGGUCAUUUAAAAGAUUCGGACGUGUCUCAAUUUGAUAUGAUUUUUAGUGAAGCAUGUUUCAAACCUUUUGUGUUUAAAGUUCGUGCAAAGAUGGAGACUUAUCAGGAUGAAAGAAAACUUAAAUGUUCUGCUAUGUCUGCAGCGCCUGUUAACUUCAAACAAGAAUGCAAAAGACUUUUAGACGAAAUAAAAAAUCUUGAAAGACUAUAGCUUAAAAGUUUUAGACUUCAGUGGCGAACAAGCCGCACAAAGACGUCAGUUUUGUAAAAGCGACACUCUUGAUGUAAAACAAUUUAAUAAACAUGUAAUUAUCUAAAAAAGUAUAUGGGUGGAGCUAAAUUUAUUUAACGCCCACUUCAAGACAAGUAUAAAACAUUCUUUAAAAUAAAUGCUAAUAAUUUUGUUUAGAGGUGUCUGUUUAAUUCCGAUAUGUAUUUUUGUAUUGUUUAGCGACAUAACGUAAAAAUCUGUUUUUUUGUUA